AUGGUGAGAGGAGCCGCCCGGCAGCGCCUGCCCCGCACUGGCCCGGCCUCCAGAACAGGCCUGGUGGAGAAGCCUUCUCGCAAACGGAAAUCCAGAGAUUUGCCUCAGUAUGGGCAGAAGCAGUGGCAGUCCUAUUUUGGGCGAACCUUUGAUGUUUACACUAAACUCUGGAAAUUUCAACAGCAGCAUAGACAAGUACUGGACAAUCGAUAUGGAUUGAAGCGGUGGCAGAUUGGGGAAAUUGCCUCCAAGAUUGGGCAGCUCUACUACCAUUAUUACCUGCGGACAUCUGAAACCAGCUAUCUGAAUGAAGCCUUCUCCUUUUAUUCAGCAAUUCGACAGAGAUCAUAUUACUCCCAAGUCAAUAAAGAGGACAGGCCUGAACUGGUGGUUAAGAAGCUGCGUUAUUAUGCAAGGUUUAUAGUGGUUUGUCUUUUGCUCAACAAAAUGGAUGUUGUGAAGGACCUUGUAAAGGAAUUAUCUGAUGAAAUUGAAGAUUACACUCACCGCUUUAACACUGAGGACCAGGUGGAGUGGAACCUGGUUCUUCAAGAGGUGGCGGCUUUUGUUGAGGCAGAUCCUGUGAUGGUUUUAAAUGAUGACAAUACCAUCGUAAUCACCUCCAACCGACUGUCUGAAACAGGGGCCCCAUUGCUGGAGCAGGGAAUGAUCGUGGGACAGCUCACUCUUGCAGAUGCAUUAAUUAUUGGGAAUUGCAAUAACCAGGUAAAGUUCAGUGAAUUAACGGUUGACAUGUUCCGAAUGUUGCAAGCACUGGAAAGGGAACCAAUGAACUUGGCUUCACAAAUGAACAAACCUGGAAUGCAGGAGUCGACUGAGAAACCUGCUAGGCGGGAAAAUCCCCAUAAGUACUUGCUGUAUAAACCUACCUUCAGCCAGCUAUAUACGUUCUUAGCAGCAGCGUUUAAGGAGCUGCCUGCGAACAGUGUGCUGCUGAUCUACUUGUCGGCCACUGGCGUGUUUCCCUCAGGUCGUUCGGAUAGUGAAGGUCCAUAUGAUUUUGGUGGGGUCCUUACGAACAGUAACCGGGACAUUAUAAAUGGCGAUGCUGUCCACAAACGGAACCAAUCUUACAAGGAGAUGCACUGCCUUCACCCUGGUGAUCUCUACCCUUUCACAAGAAAGCCCCUAUUUAUCAUUGUGGACUCCUCAAACAGCGUUGCCUAUAAGAAUUUCACAAACUUAUUUGGACAGCCACUGGUGUGCUUGCUUUCUCCAACAGCGUAUCCAAAAGCAUUACAAGAUCAGUCUCAGCGGGGUAGCCUCUUCACCCUCUUUCUGAACAAUCCUUUAAUGGCAUUCCUAUUUGUCUCUGGAUUAUCAAGCAUGCGCAGAGGAUUGUGGGAGAAGUGUCAAGAUUACCUUAGAAAAAUCAACCGGGAUAUCGCCCAGCUGCUGACCCAUUCUCGCUCCAUAGAUCAGGCCUUUCUUCAGUUUUUUGGGGAUGAAUUUCUUCGCUUACUUCUAACAAGAUUCGUCUUCUGCUCAGCCACCAUGAGGAUGCACAAAAUUUUCCGGCAGGAAACUCGAAAUUACCCUGAAACUUAUCCCCAACUGCCAAGAGAUGAAACCGUGGAGAACCCUCAUCUCCAAAAACACGUUCUGGAGCUGGCUUCCAUCCUGGAUGUUAGAAAUGUGUUCGUGGAAAACACCAUUGAUGACUAUUAAAAGAAAUACUUUUACUGCAAUAGGGUUUCCCUAGCCACAGACUUUGAAUGGUGCAGUUUUCUAAUGUGAAAAUCCACAAAAGGAGUUACUUGAUUUUAUUUUAAAAUUUAGGAUUUUUUUUUUUUUUUAAAUAGCUGUUAGCCCAGCUGCCCCAUUCUGUAUGGGGUCAAUUUUAUAAACAAAUCUUUUCACAUCUUUUAAAUGUUAAACUAAGGAAUCCCUGGAGUUCUGUUUUUUGUUUUUGUGGUUGAAAGCAACCACAUCUAGAUCCUAAGCAUAAAAGUAUUAUUGGUCAAUUUUAGCCCGCUUUAUGGAAAUCCUUUAUUUUUAUACAGUUUUAAAAAAUUGGAAGCAAAAACCCAAUAGAAAACCAAUACUUUAUCUCCGAAGAGUUUGGAUUUGAAAUGGUAAAGCUAGAAACACAUAAUGCAAACCGGCAAGAGCAAUAAAAGAAACAGCCCUUCAUAACAAAUUUUUUGUUUUUUCAAUCUUAGGUGAGUAAUUGGACAAACUUGUGCUAGAACAAAUGGCAGUUGGAUCAGUGGGUUUGGAGUGAUGCUACAGAUGGAUCUCCUAACAUCUAGUGUUCCAUGUAAAUUAGUAAUUUAAAUCUUCUACUGAGCAGUACUGCUGGCCAAGAACACAAGUCCCAUCCUGCCUGCUUGGGUGUAGAUAGCAGGCUGGUGGCAUAUAUUACAAAAUUAAUAACGCUGGCCCCAUUUCCUCAGUAUAGUACAGUCUGCCCACCUCCAUAUCUUGGGUCAGAGCCACCACCCUUCUGCCUGAGGAUGCUGGUCCAUAACUCCUCUUGAGUCAGUCAGUAGAGCUGCUUAAUCACCACAGGGGGUGGAGGGUGUCUCCCUUCUUACCUUGUUGAGUGAAUGAAGUGAGUGGCUUCCACAAUAUUCUCAGCCCUUGGUGAGUCUCUGUCCAGAAAUCAAAC